AUGGCGGCAGCAAUUUCUUCCUUCUUCAGACAGUCAGCCUGGAUCCCGACACCCGAGCUAACCGAAAAGAACCUCCCCAACCAAGCUGGACGCGUGUUCAUCGUUACCGGCGGCUAUGCAGGAAUCGGCUACGAACUCAGCAAGAUUUUGUAUCAGCACGACGCCACCGUAUAUAUUGCUGGACGCUCAGAAGAGAAGGGAAACAAAGCUAUUUCUGAGAUCCGUGAAGCUGUGUCCAGCUCGAAGGGAAAGCUCGAGUUUAUGCAUAUCGACUUGGCUGACUUGACCACCAUCAAGCCUGGUGUUGAGAAAUUUUUGGCAAAGGAGUCUCGUCUGGAUGUUUUGACCAACAAUGCUGGCGUACGCUCGAAGACAGCCCAAGACUAUGAGCUCCAGAUGGGCACGAAUGUGCUUGGUUCUUUCUUGCUCACUAAGCUUUUGCUGCCCGUCAUCGAGAAGACCGCUGCCUCUUCGCCUGCGGGAUCCACUCGCGUCACUUUUGCCGGCUCUCUUGCCGUCGACCUCAUGUCCCCUACCGGCGGUGUAGCUUGGACUGACGGCGAACCCACCGUCCACAACUCGCAGCAAGCCAACUACGGUCAAUCCAAAGCCGGCAAUGCCCUGCUCGCCAGCGCUCUGCGCCGUCGAUGCGAAAAACUCGGCGUCAUCUCCAACGCUUGGAAUCCUGGAAACCUCAAGUCCGAGUUGCAGAGACACACGCCCAGCGUGCAAGCCAUGUUCAUCAACAUGAUUGUGUACCCAGUUCAGCUUGGCGCUUACACCGAGUUGUUUGCCGGCUGGGGCGAGGAAGCUGGUCGUCCUGAGAAUGCUGGCAAGUUUAUCAUUCCGUGGGGUCGUUUUGGUCCUGUGCGUGGGGAUGUUGCUGAGGCGAUGGAGAACGGGGGUGACGAGAAGCUGUGGGAAUGGUGUGAGAAGGCUUCUGCACAGUAUGCUUGA